AGUGCCCGGAGGGAUGGUUUGGGCUGAGCUGUCGGCACCGCUGUCAGUGUGACAACGGGGCUGCCUGUGACCACGUCAGCGGGGCCUGUACCUGCAGCCCGGGCUGGCGAGGAACCUUCUGCGAGCACCCGUGCCAGGAGAACAGGUACGGCCAGAACUGCAGCCAGACCUGCCACUGCUUCAACAACGCCUCCUGCAGCCCCGUCAGCGGCCGGUGUCUCUGUGCAGCCGGGUGGACGGGCCCCACGUGCCAGCAAGCGUGCCCGGCGGGUUUCUACGGGACGAGCUGCCGCCAGCGCUGCCUCUGCCAGAACGGUGGCACCUGUGACCCUGCCACGGGGCUCUGCGCCUGCCCCGAGGGCUGGACGGGGCUGGCCUGCGAGCUGGCCUGCUCGCAGGGCCAGCACGGGACGGGCUGCCAGCAGCGCUGCCAGUGCCAGCACGGGGGGCUCUGUGACCACCAGAGGGGCCACUGCCUCUGCCAGCCCGGCUGGACGGGCGAGGAGUGCGAGAGCCCGUGUCCGGAGGGGCUGUUCGGGGCGCGCUGCGAGGAGCCCUGCGACUGUGGGCACAACGUGUCCUGUCACCACGUCACCGGCACCUGCGACUGUCCCCACGGCUGGAGGGGCCGGCGUUGUGAGAAAG